AUGAUACCUGAGAUCUGGCAGCAAAACAGGCUUUGCGACCAACUCCUAAGUAGAUAUGAUCCCUUCACGUUGGAAGCCUACAAGUCGGAGAUGGGGUUUGGCGGUGGGAAUUUCUUCCUUUUGGCGUACUGCCUCGCGUGCUGCUACCCUGGUUUGGGCGCAAGCAGCCAGCUGCGAGUCGUGAGGCAAUGGGCCGAGUUGGACUUCGUGUUCCCCAGCGAGGAGGCGAAGCAGUCAGCCAUCGAGAAGAAUUACUACAUACCCGGCAGCUCCGUUCCGAUAGACGUCGAUGUGCAACACAGGCAAGGCGCGGUGCGUUCGCGAAUCUUCAUCACGAUACCACGCUUCGACGCGGGCCGACCUAUAACUUUGGGAACGGUGGACGAGCAAGGCCGCAUACACGCGUACCCCGACUACUCUUGGCACGACAACCAAGGCUCGAAUUGCGACGGAAUGACAUCUGUAUUCAGGGUUGCCAUUGACGAAUGCAACCGGCUGUGGGUGAUGGACACGGGAAAGAUCGGGGACAAAGAGGAGUGCCCCCCGCAACUCCUGGCGUUCGACCUGAACACCGACGAGCUGAUUUACCGGCACAAAGUCAACUCGACCAGCUACGUCGCGUCGUCCCUCUUCAUAACACCGGUGCUGGACGUGAGACGCAACGGCAACGACUGCAGCGACACCUACGCGUACGUAGCGGACGUUUCCGGCUUCGGCUUCCUGGUGGUCGACGUGGCGAACAACCGCUCGUGGCGGGUGACCCACAAGUACACGUUCCCAUAUCCGUCAUGGGGGACGUUCACCAUAGCCGGUGAGAGUUUCGACCUGAUGGACGGCGUGCUUGGUAUGGCGCUGUCACCAUAUCAGCCAGGAGUGGACCGCUAUUUGUACUUCCACGCUCUUGCCUCCAAUACUGAAAACGUGGUGCGCACUAGCGUCCUCCGCAAUUCAUCCUUCAUCUCCGACUCUAACGCGCCGCCUAACUCCAUCAACGCGUUCCCGGAGGAGAGGCCGAACCAGUCCGCCGCGGAGGCGAUGGACCGCGACGGCAUCCUCUACUUCGGCCUCAUGGAGCCGCCCAGCAUAUGGUGCUGGAACUCCGCUACGGAGUACUCGCCGCGGAACUUCCACCAGGUGGCCGUCAACAGGGAGACCCUCCAGUUCGCCAGCGGCAUGAAGGUCGUCAACAACCUGAAGGGGCAGCAGGAGCUGUGGGCGCUCACGUGCAGCUUCCAGAAGGUGAUGACGGGCUCACUGAGCUCGGACACGGUGAACUUCAGGAUUCACGCGGAGAAAAUACCGAUCAUACUGCAGAACUCCCCGUGUGCGGCCCCCCCAAAGGAUCAGAGCCACGGCUACCAUGCGAAGAUAAUCACAAAGAAACAGGAGACACAUAUAAUGUACAGAUAUGGCGCUGUAUCAUAUCUC